AUGAACAACAUGAUGGGUCUUUUCAAUCAAGCAACAUCUAAGGUACGGCCACGCGUAAGCUCGUCCGCAGAGGACAAAAUGCCUGAAGAUACGGAACCGGACGAUACAUCGAUCUUGGACGAAAAUGAAGGGUCUAUUAUUCUGUCCAUGAUUGCACAGCUAAGGGUCGGAAUGGACCUUCACAGGGUCUCCUUCCCCACCUUCGUGCUCGAACCCCGCAGUAUGCUCGAGCGCAUCACCGACUUCAUGUCGCAUCCGGACCUCAUCUUUGGGGCUGAGAACUGCGAGGAUCCUGAGGAGCGCUUCAUCCGUGUACUGCAGUACUAUCUCGCUGGCUGGCACAUCAAACCCAAGGGCGUGAAGAAGCCAUACAAUCCUGUGCUGGGCGAGUUUUUCCGCUGUAGAUACGACUACCCAGACGGCACGCAGGGGUUCUACAUUGCCGAACAAGUGUCACAUCAUCCGCCCGCGUCGGCGUUCUAUUACAUCUCCCCGCAGAACAAGGUCGCCAUCGUUGGCGAGCUUCGCCCCAAGGCCAAGUUCCUCGGCAACAGCGUCUCCACACAGAUGGAGGGCGAGAACCGCGUAUACCUCCUCGGCCGGCCCGAUGAUGGCGAAUACGUGAUCUCGAUGCCGAACAUGUACGCGCGAGGCAUCCUUUGGGGUAAGAUGGUGCUUGAGCUCGGGGACACGUGCACCGCGCGCAAUGACCGGAAUGCGUUCUAUGCGGACCUUACGUUCAAGACCAAGGGCUACUUUUCCGGCACGUACAACGCGAUUGCGGGCCGGAUACGACGGGGCAGCACAGACAACGGUGAGCUAUCCGGGAAGUGGAGCAGCGUCAUGGAGUACAAGAACAUUAAGUCAGGCGUCAAGCGGGUGCUGUUUGAUGCCAGCAAGGAUGGGUUGAAGAUCGCACCGAAGUGUGUGGCUCCUGAGGAGGAGCAAGAGCCGAACGAAUCACGGCGUCUAUGGACAAAGCUGACACGGGCUAUUGUCUCGAAGGACAUGGACGCGGCGUCGAAGGAGAAGAUAGCAGUUGAGGAGUCGCAACGCGAGCUCCGCCGCAGACGAGAUGAGAGCGGAGAAGAGUACAUCCCGCGCUUCUUCAUGCAGAAGGAUGGGAGGUGGGUACCUAAAAUCCGGGUGCCAGACGAUCCUCAGGAAGCCGUGGAGUUCGUCAAGGCUUGGAUCUGGUCGCCGCCACUGUAG